CACCGGGCAGGACUCCGGGCAGCGGCACACCGGGCUGGACUCCAGGCAGAGGCACCAGGCGAAGCAGCAGGCAGCGGGCUACCAGGCGGAGCGGCAGGCACCGGGCCCCCGGGCGGAGCGGCAGGCACCGGGCCCCCGGGCGGGGCGGCAGGCACCGGGCCCCCGGGCGGGGCGGCAGGCACCCGGCCCCGGGCGGGGCGGCAGGCACCCGGCCCCCGGGCGGGGCGACAGGCACCGGGCCCCCGGGCGGGGCAGCAGGCACCGGGCCCCCGGGCGGAGCGGCAGGCACCGGGCCCCCGGGCGGAGCGGCAGGCACCGGGCCCCCGGGCGGAGCGGCAGGCACCGGGCCCCCGGGCGGAGCGGCAGGCACCGGGCCCCCGGGCGGAGCGGCAGGCACCGGGCCCCCGGGCGGAGCGACAGGCACCGGGCCCCCAGGCGGGGCGACAGGCCUCGGGCCCCCAGGCGGGGCGACAGGCCUCGGACCCCCAGCUGGAGCGACAGGUCUCGGGC